CUUUGUUGGAUUUCCCAAAAUGCCGGAAGCGGCUUCGGAAAAUUAUGGCGAGCGAUGAAUCCGAAAAAUACGAUGAAACCUGCAUCUUUUGCCUCAUAGCCAAGAAUCAAGACGAAGAAACUGAAGUCAUUAAACAGGAUAAGAAGCUGGUGUGUUUCAGAGACAUCUGGCCUGCUGCUCCUCAUCACUACCUGGUUAUUCCCAGAGCGCACAUUCACAGCUGCCGCUCGCUGAGCGGGGAGCACAUCCACCUCGUUGACAGGAUGACAUCCAUGGGAAAAGAUGUACUCAGAGAACAAGGGAUUACCAACAUGGAGGACGUGAGGCUGGGUUUCCAUCAGCCACCCUUCAUCUCAGUGGGCCACCUUCACCUCCAUGUAUUAGCCCCCGUCCGACAAAUCUCAACCUGCUUUGAGUAUAAAUUCACACCAGAGACCGAUUUUUUUGUCACUUCUCCCUAUUGCAGGUGGAAUCUUUAAGGAAGAAACUACUGAAAACUGCCCGAAAUGCCACGAGCAGGUGUGGUUUAAAAAAAUGUUUGGGAUUAUGCUAAAAAAGAAGGUAUCUUUGAGACAAAAGGAGGUUUUUGUUUCAAGUGAAUGUGGUAAAUGUACUGCAUGACUCUUCCAAAGAUGUAUGUGCCUUGAAAAAUUUAUUUGUUUUCCCAUGAUGUUAUACAGAUUUUAUUUAAAUUAUAUUUGAUGCAGUGUAUUUCAGGAAAUAAUCUUCCAAAUGUUGUGAUUUAUUCUAUCAAACACCAAAGUCCAAUGCAUGUAUUUUUUACAAACUCAUGUAAAUUCCAUGUAGUCUAAAUGAAUCACUGUCAUGAUCAUUUAUUUUCAAAUGAUUCCUGAUCAACUAUGUGUGCUUUAGUAUGAAGUUUGAAUUAUUUGCUGUAGAUCACAGUUAGUUUUGUCAAUAAAUAUCCAAAUAUUCAAAAAAGGUAUAAAGAAACUCUGAUUUCAGGAUAUGAAGAUAAGAGGAGUUAAGGAUCAACAGCUGUUAGAAUAAUUCCAAAUA